AUGUACGACGAGGCCAAGGGGCUCUGGAAAAAGGACGACGCGAAAAAGCAAAGCGCCAAGCACGGGAACAAUGAAAAAUGUGGUGAGGUUACUACAGGGAGUAUGUGGCACCAGAACCACAAAGACAAAACAGAGCUAGGAGACAUCAAAGAAGAGGAUGGGAAACCUGCUAGGAUUCGAGAUGCGAAAUUUGGUCUUGGUGGCUGCAAGACGGCGACAGGUCCAGAGGUGGGCAAAUACGAUGUCCUCUCACCGGAUACCCCACUGGCUGAUACCUACGACUUGGGCGAAUUUGAGGCCAAAAGAAAGGAUCUUCAAAAUCAAAAGCAGAGUCGUCUACAACCCAAUCUCAGGAUACCCCAGCCAACCAAGCUGAGCAGAGCAACCAAGCUGCCCAAGAGAAUCAAAGCGGUGGAGGAGGCAGAGGAGGAAGAGGAGGAGGCAGAGGGGGGGAUAGAGGGGGUAGAGAGGGAAGAGGGGGCGGUGGAAAUAAUGGAGAUACCUUAUAAGGGCUCAAAUGUUUAG